AAGUUCUGCUAGGAAAUCGUCUCUGUGAAAGUGAAAAAGAAACAACUUUUUGUGUUGGAAUGGCUACGGCUACGUUUCACCAAUCAAUCGUUUCAUUAGCUUCUCCUUCUUCCACAAUCUCUCAAUGUGGAUUCAAGAUCGAUUCUUCACUGAGUUUUACCUCAAAAAAGAUAAACUUUUGCAAGAUUAAAGCAAUGGCAUCAGUUUCUUAUAACAACACUCUCUUGUCUCCUUCCAAGACCAUCCCUGAGAAUUCUCUAAAGAAACCAAAUGAAGCAGCUUUGAUAUUGAUUAGGCAUGGAGAAUCUUUGUGGAACGAGAAGAAUCUUUUUACGGGUUGUGUUGAUGUGCCAUUGACAGAGAAAGGUGUUGAAGAAGCUAUUGAAGCAGGGAAGAGGAUUAGUAACAUACCUGUCGAUGUUAUCUUUACAUCGUCUUUGAUUCGUGCUCAGAUGACUGCAAUGCUUGCUAUGAUUCAACACCGUCGUAAGAAGGUUCCGAUAAUCUUGCACGAUGAAAGCGAACAAGCGAAGACUUGGAGUCAAGUUUUCAGUGAUGAGACUAAAAACCAAUCCAUUCCUGUCAUACCCGCUUGGCAGCUUAAUGAAAGAAUGUAUGGAGAAUUGCAAGGUCUUAACAAGCAAGAAACCGCGGAAAGAUAUGGGAAACAGCAAGUUCACGAAUGGCGUAGGAGUUAUGACAUUCCUCCUCCCAAAGGCGAGAGCUUGGAGAUGUGUGCUGAAAGAGCAGUGGCUUAUUUUCAGGACAAUAUCGAACCAAAGCUUGCAGCUGGAAAGAACGUAAUGAUAGCUGCUCACGGGAACUCGCUGCGGUCUAUCAUAAUGUAUCUUGACAAAUUGACUUGCCAAGAGGUGAUAAGUCUAGAGCUAUCGACAGGUAUACCACUUCUCUACAUAUUCAAAGAAGGCAAAUUCAUGAAGCGGGGAAGCCCUGUUGGUCCAACAGAAGCCGGUGUCUAUGCUUAUACCAAGAGGUUGGCUCAAUACAGACAGAAGCUAGAGGAAGACAGUGAAGUAAUCUGUCCCUGAAGUAAACAAGAAAGAUUGGUUCUUGAU